CAGCAAAUCGCCACCAUCACCACCGUUGACAACCAAACACAAACCCAAAACCCAACCAUCAAGAUGCAGUUCUCCACCGUCUCCUUUGCCAUCUUCGCCAUCCUGCCCGCCAUGGUGGCUGCCAUGCCGGCGGAGACUUCCCCGGUGCCAAAGCCGGCUCUCCCCGUGUUUGAGGAAUUGUGCCCCGACGCAGAGCGCCAGAAGUGCGCCGAGAGCACCGACAACCUCAAGCGCUGCCUUCAGAUAAACGGAGCUAGCAUCUGCGUCAUCGACUGCGGCUCCCAGACCACUUGCCGUACUCAGUGCAAGCAGCAGCUGAAGAAUGAGAAGGCCAAUGGUUUCUGCACCGUCGGGGACAACCCCUGCAUCUGCAACCUGAACGGCGCUGCCAACAGUGCCCACUAAGCAGCUCCGACUGGGAAGACGUCUUAACUUGGGAGCAGUGGCCUAGGCGGGUUUGGCGGGAGCCAUCGAGGGGGGAGGUUGGAAGUUUGAGCUUUGUUCGCUUUUUCUCAUCGCUAGUGUUGGC